GUUGCCUCGUGCGGGCGUGUAUAUAAACUCGACGUUCAUUCAGUUUUUUCCACAGAAUCACAAAUCAACUUUUCUUGUAUUCUUCGAUUUUUUACAGUUAUCUGAAUUCGAAUUGGUUCUGGAGCGGCGGUAUCAUGUGAAGUUCAAUGUCGGAGAAGAAAAAUGUUGUGAUUGUCGGCGGAGGAGUUGGAGGCUCUCUUCUGGCAUAUAUCCUUCAGAACUACUGUGAUGUUUUCCUCAUUGAUUCGAAGGAGUAUUUUGAGAUUUCAUGGGCAAGCUUAAGGUCAAUGGUUGAACCGUCAUUUGCAACAAGGACAGUGAUUAAUCACAGCGAAUACCUUCACAAUGCACGCAUUAUUUCAUCUCCAGCUACGGACAUCACAAGGAAUGAGGUUAUGACAAAACACGGCCAACGAAUUGCAUAUGAUUAUCUUGUUGUUGCCACUGGUCAUUUGGAGAAUGGCAGUUCCACAAGACAGGAGAAACUCAAUUACUACCAAAGAGAUGAGUUUGAUACCAUAUCAUACCUAAUUGACAUAAACAUUCAUAUAUAGUCUUCCAUAUGUUCGAAUAAUGAUCGCUUGCAAUGACCUCUCAAAAAUUUUCCAUUUCUGGUUUCACAACCAUUAGUUCAUUCCAACUUCAGGCUACCGGGUUUUAUUUUUCUAGUUUUGGUGUAUAGUUUCUUGCCUCUUUUGGUCUUUCUAACCACUUUUCCAGCCAUUUCUCCAAUCGAUUUUUGCCGGAUAAGUGUCUGGAAAAAAGUCAAAAGACUAAAAGUAGCAAUAACAUGCUCAUUGCCUUUACUCGUAUGGGUGUGAUUGCAUGGCAAUUGAAUUUGUGAUGAUGUCUAUUCAAGAUUUAUGACAUUCAGUCAAUUGAUGCAUCCGUUUCUUCCUGACAGAGAAUGAUACUAUCCAAUCUGCUAAUUCCAUACUGAUAGUUGGAGGGGGGGCCGACGGGCGUAGAGCUGGCUGCCGAAAUAGCCAUUGAUUUUCCCAGUAAAAAGGUGACACUUGUGCACAAGCAUUCAACACUGCUGGAAUUCAUAGGACAAAAGGCCGGGAACAGGGCGCUUAAGUGGUUAACUUCAAAGAAGGUUAAUGUCAUCCUCGGGCAAUCCGUUGACUUGAGAUCGCCCUCAAACGGUGUAUAUCGGUUAUCUGGGGGAGAAACUGUAGUUGCAGAUUGCCAUUUUCUAUGUGCUGCUAAGCCUUUUGGCACCUCGUGGCUAAAGGAUACCGAUUUGAGAGAUAGCUUGGAUAACCAAGGGAAGUUAAUGGUUGAUGCAAACUUGAGGGUCAAGGGUCACAAUAAUAUAUUUGCCAUAGGAGACAUUGUUGAUAUCAAAGAACUAAAGCAAGGAUUUAUAGCUCAAAACCAUGCAUUGUUGGCUGCCAAGAAUGUGAAGCUAUUGAUAAGUGGAGCAAAGGAGCAGAAACUCGCAAAGUAUAAGCCCGGUAUCAAAAUGGCUAUAGUUUCUCUAGGGAGAAGACAUGCUGUGAUGCAAGUUGGGUGCAAAACCUUUUCCGGACGGAUUCCUGGAAAGAUAAAGUCUGAGGAUUUGUUUGUUGGCGAGGCGAGGAAGAAACUCGGCCUAAAGUCUUCUUAGUUGCCAAAUCGCUGUUGUAAUUAGGGGGUGCGCGUGUUAAAUUCCUAAGCUACCUGUUUGUCUUUCUUACUUUUGUUUGUUGCUGUGUUUGUAGCAUUCCACAUGUUUUGUAUUUUGAUAUGCAUAUACGAAGUAUACACUAUGAAUGUGAGCCUUCGAGUGUAUAUAUUUCUUCCAGCUCGUACUAUUGACUAUUGAGUCAUUUGAGUGUGAAAAAUAAAUCAAAGCUUGUUUUUUGUACUUUUCAACAUAGUAUCAUAUCAACUUAAAGAGCCUGUUUGGUGACCC